AGGCGGCGGCGGGCAGGGAUGGCGGAGGCGGCGAGGCUGAGCGAGGGGGCCAUCGCGGCCAUCCUGCUGCAGGCGGAGCCGGUGGGGAGGCCGGUGCUGCAGCUGAUCACGAUCCGCCCCAUCUCCACGGGGAAUGGCCCCCCACGCUACCGGAUGCUGAUGAGCGAUGGUGUGAACUCCCUUUCCUCUUUUAUGCUGGCCACGCAGCUGAACCCUCUGGUGGAUGACCAGAGCUUGACCGCAAAUGCCAUUUGCCAGAUUAACCGCUUCAUUGUGAACACUCUGAAGGAUGGAAGGCGAGUGGUGGUCUUGAUGGAAAUGGAGGUGCUGCAGCCGGGUCACGCCGUCCCCACCAAGAUUGGAAAUCCAGUCCCGUAUGUUGAAGGACCUGGGCAAGCAGGGAGGCAGCCCGUGGCCCCCAGCCCAGCAACCGGCCCUGUCCAGAGCAAGCCAGCGGGGCUCCAGAGCGGGGCUCCAGAUGCAGGAGCACAGUACCCCAGCACUUCCAGACUGCUGGGGAACGCAGGGGGCUCCAGCAUCCUGAGCACUCCGGGGGGAUCUCAGGUCAAAGUGGUGCCCAUCGCCAGCUUGAACCCUUACCAGUCCAAGUGGACCGUCUGUGCCCGGGUGACCCAGAAGGGCCAGAUCCGCACCUGGAGCAACUCCCGGGGCGAAGGGAAGCUCUUCUCCAUAGAGAUGGUGGAUGAGAGCGGUGAGAUCCGAGCGACGGCCUUUAACGACCAAGCGGACAAGUUUUUUCCUCUCCUCGAGCUGAACAAGGUCUACUACUUCUCCAAGGGCACCCUGAAGACGGCCAAAAAGCAGUAUACGUCUGUGAAGAACGACUACGAGAUCGCCUUCUCCAACGAGACGACCAUCGUUCCCUGCGAGGACGCCCACCAUCUGCCCUCUGUGCAGUUUGACUUCGUGGACAUCGGGGAAUUGGAAAACACAGACAAGGACUCCCUCGUGGACGUGAUCGGGGUCUGCAAGAGCUACGAGGACCCUCAAAAGAUCACCAUCAAGGCUUCCAAUCGGGAGGUCUCCAAGAGAGAACUGCACCUGAUGGACAUGUCGGGCAAGACAGUGACGGUCACUCUCUGGGGCGCGGACGCGGAAAACUUUGAUGGCUCUCGGCAGCCGGUAGUGGCCAUCCGGGGGGCCCGAGUCUCGGACUUUGGGGGCCGGAGUCUCUCCGUGAUCUCCUCCAGCAGCCUCCUGGUGAACCCCGACUGCCCGGAGGCCUUCAAGCUGCGAGGCUGGUUUGAUUCGGAAGGGCAGCACGUGGAGUCCGCCUCCAUCUCUUCCGGGUGGGGCGGGCUGGCGACAGGGGGGAACACCAACUGGAAGACCCUGCAGGAGUCCAAGGCGGAGAACCUGGGCCAAGGAGACAAGGCCGACUACUUCAGCUGCGUGGGCACGGUGGUGUACCUGCGCAAGGAGGGCUGCAUGUACCAAGCCUGCCCCUCCCAGGACUGCAACAAGAAGGUGAUUGACGAGCACAACGGCCUCUUCCGCUGCGAGAAGUGCGACCGGGAGUUCCCCAACUUCAAGUACCGCAUGAUCCUGUCGGUGAACAUUGCGGACUUCCAGGACAACCAGUGGGUGACCUGCUUCCAGGAGACUGCGGAGGCCAUCCUGGGGCACAACACGGCUUACCUGGGGGAGCUGAAGGAGAAGAACGAGCCCGCUUUCGACGAGGUCAUCCAGAAUGCCAACUUCACCUCCCACGAAUUCCGGAUCCGAGUCAAGAUGGAGACGUUCAAUGAUGAGUCGCGCCUGAAGGCCACGGCCAUGGAGGUGAAGCCCAUCAACUACCAGGAGUACUGCAAGAGGCUCAUCCUGAACAUCCGCAAGAACGCUGCCCAGCUGGACUGAGCCCCAGAGAGCCCCCACCUCCCGCCAUGCCCCAGCCCUCGGGUCCCUCUCUCCUGCCACACACACACACACACACACACGGUCACUCUGCAGUAAAGGCCCAGCUGCCCUGAAGAAGCAGCGCCCAUGGGUCCCUUCCUGGCCCCAGAAGAGCCCGGCUCCCAAUGGGGGGGGGCAGCACAGGUGGCCUCUCCUCCCUUCCCCCCCCGUCCCAGGUGGCUGUUGGGGCUUGGCGUGGCAGGGGUGGGAUUAUUAAUCCAAGUGGCAUCUCUUCCGUCUGAGGAAGAUCCCUCCUUUGCAGUUCAACAGAGGGGAAGUCAGAUGGGCCUGAUGUCAGUCAAAGUUGCCUCUUCUGCGGGAGGCUGAUAAGCGCUGCGUCUUUGCCCCCUGGGGAAUCCUGGCCACCAAAGAGCAGCACUUUAGUUUUUCGCCUCAAUAUGUUUUUGGGCUGCCAACUGCUGUGUCCUCUUUUUUUUCUUUUCUUUUUUUUUGUAUUAUUAUGCAGAGAAAAUUCUUAUAUUUUUCCUGAUAGAAAUAAAUAAGGACGUGAGUCUGCAGGUGCCCAUUCCUUCUUAAUAAAGAGUGUUUAAUUUUU